AUGGACUAUAGUGAAGAUGGUACUGAUGACUUUCAUAGGAGUUUGGAGCCUAUGGUCAUUAUUAAUGAUGAAGAAAGUAUUGAACAGGAAGAAUUGAAAGCAGAUGAAUCAGACCCUCUGGCGACAGGAGACCCAGCAGAGGAUGAGUUGAUAAAUUCUAUUGGUCCAGAGAUAUCCAUUAUACCAGUGAAGAGGAAAAGGUCUCAGUACAAAAUGGAUAUUUUUGAAAGAGAAUAUUCACCUUCAUGUGAUGGUACAUUCGAAGUUCAUGGUAUAAUAAGGCCUUCAAGAGAAAAAGUUCGCCGAAUAUCUGUAGAUGAAGCUCAAAAUGCAGCAGACACCUACGCCAGAAGAAAAUCGAAUCCUCUAGAAAAAUGUCCGGUUUGUAAAAAAUAUUUUCGAAGGCUGAAAACUCAUCUUAUUAAACAUGACAUGAUCAUGAGAUCUCCAGAAGAGAUUCUCUUUUGCACGCUCUGUCAGAAGAGUUUCAAUUCCCAGAGCAACCUUGCCAUUCAUAUGAGAACUCACAAUGGAAUGAGGCCUUACAUUUGUGAAGUCUGUCAGAAAACAUUUUCUCAGAGCUGCAAUUUGGUGAAUCACAUGCGGGUGCACACAGGUGAGAAACCAUUCAAAUGUCCGCAUUGUGAUAGAGCGUUCACCCAAUCAGGCAAUCUCAACAACCACAUUCGACUCCACACAGAUGAGAAGCCUUUCAAAUGCCAUUUUUGUUCCAAAGCAUUUGUGCAAUCCGGGAAUUUGAGUUCUCAUAUAAGGAACAAUCACAAAUUUGAAACCAAUACUUUCAAUACAAUUGCUCUCACACAGUUUGUUUGA